AUGAAGGACGAAAGCAAACCACCAAAGAAGAUUCUCGUGUUGGGACCAUGUAAGUCUGGAAAAACAGCAAUCUCGAACUAUUUGGGCGAGCAGGUCGACAUCGAAUCCCUUGGAGAAUAUCGGCCGACGAAAGGAGUCCGAAUAGUAGAGUUCGAAAGUCACGAGUUGGAUAUUCGUCGACAAAGAAUCGAAGUCGAUGUGGAGCUAUGGGAUUGUAGCGGAGAUCUGAAGUACCGCGACUGCUGGCCAGCCAUAAGGGAUGGCAUUGAAGGAGUGAUACUGGUAGCCAAUCCAGAUGAGAAUACAGGUGAAGAUUUGAAGAUAUGGUUACCCCCACAACUAUCGUCAGCCGUCUGUGCAGCUUGUAAUUUGAUUCACGAAGGCGAUCAACUAAGAUUAGAUUUCAAUCAAUUUCUUGUCACAAUCAUUGCCAAAUCAGAAGUACCGUAUGAUAUGUGA